AGAACAAUUGCAUGGCUAAAAAACUUAAAAAAAAUUAAAAAUGGUAGAAGAGAAGUUCUAAAAAGAAUCGAAAGCAAUGGAGCAACAAAACCACCAACUUAACAGCAACGAUCAUCAAUCAACAAUCAACCACCAACUCCAUUAGACUUCUCCGCCAAUCUUUGCAGAUUCUUCAAGCAAACUCUUCUUCAUUUACUCUCUCAUUUUCAGAUCUCUCACUCAUAAAUAUAUUAUCAGUCGCCAUGUCGUUUUGAUUACUCACCUCUCUGUUUUUUUUCCUCAAUUGGAUCCGAAAUGGUGAUAUUGGAACCUAUUUCGCCUGGACUGGUGUCCUUUUUGCUUGGUAUUAUACCUGUUUUUGUUGCAUGGAUAUAUUCAGAGUUUUUAGAGCAUAAGAGGACUUCAACUCCUUCUAAAGUCCAUUCAGACCUAAAUUUGGCUGAGUUGGAUAAAGAGACAAUUAAGGAAGAUGAUAGGGCUGUUUUGCUGGAAGGAGGCCUCACAAGAACAGCAUCUAUGAAAUUUCAUAGUGCAUCCAUUAAAAUGAACUUAAUCAGGUUUGUGACUAUGGAUGAUGCGUUCUUGCUAGAACACCGAGCAACUUUGAGAGCAAUGUCUGAGUUUGGGGCAAUUCUGUUCUAUUUUUAUAUUUGUGAUCGCACAAACUUGCUGGGAGACUCCACCAAGAACUACAACCGUGAUCUAUUCCUCUUCCUCUAUCUCCUUCUCAUUAUAGUAUCAGCUAUGACCUCCCUGAAGAAACACAAUGACAAAUCAGCAUUUUCUGGGAAAUCCGUACUUUACCUUAACCGGCAUCAAACUGAGGAGUGGAAAGGAUGGAUGCAGGUCCUGUUCCUAAUGUAUCAUUACUUUGCUGCAACGGAGAUCUACAAUGCAAUACGUGUUUUUAUUGCUGCAUAUGUUUGGAUGACUGGUUUUGGCAACUUCUCUUAUUAUUACAUUAGAAAGGAUUUUAGCCUUGCACGCUUUACUCAGAUGAUGUGGCGGCUCAAUUUCUUUGUGGCAUUUUGCUGCAUUGUUCUCAACAAUGACUAUAUGCUGUAUUACAUUUGCCCUAUGCACACAUUGUUUACUUUAAUGGUGUAUGGAGCCCUGGGAAUUUUUAGCAAGUAUAACGAGAGUAGCUCAGUGAUGGCUGUUAAGAUUCUUUCAUGCUUUCUGGUGGUAAUCUUGAUUUGGGAAAUACCUGGAGUUUUUGACAUUCUAUUUGGUCCUUUUUUCUUCAUAUUAGGGUAUACGGAUCCUGCAAAUCCAGAUCUUCCUCGAAUGCACGAAUGGCAUUUUAGAUCUGGACUUGAUCGCUACAUUUGGAUCAUUGGAAUGAUAUAUGCAUAUUACCACCCCAACAUAGAGAAAUUGAUGGAGAAAUUGGAGGAAUCUGAACCCAAGAGAAGACGCAUAAUCAAAACCGGAAUUGCGGCAUCUGCCUCAUUGGUCGGGCUUUUGUGGUAUGAAUAUAUAUACAAGCUGGACAAGGUUACUUACAACAAGUAUCACCCCUACACAUCCUGGAUUCCAAUCACUGUUUACAUUUGCUUGCGGAAUUUUACUCAACAGCUCAGGAAUUUUUCGUUGACACUUUUUGCUUGGCUUGGCAAGAUUACUUUGGAAACCUAUAUUUCACAAUUCCACAUCUGGUUGAGAUCGAACGUUCCCAAUGGACAGCCUAAGUGGCUUCUUUCUUUCAUACCAGAAUAUCCAUUGCUAAAUUUUAUGCUCACAACGGCCAUCUAUGUCUUAGUUUCUCAUAGGCUUUUUGAAUUAACCAAUACGUUAAAGAAUGUGUUCAUACCCACAAAAGACAAUCGGCGGCUUCUUUUCAAUUGCAUUACAGGGGCAGCUAUAUCUUUCUCUCUAUAUUUCAUCUCAAUCGUUCUUCUUCAGAUUCCUCAUUCUUCUGCUUGACGAAUGAAGACUAUAAAGUGAAUAUACGUAAAUGUUUUUUUGUCGGACAUACAAAAGAGAUAUAGAUGAAGAAAAAUAAGAGAAGUUGAAAAAAUGUUGCUUGAAGAUCGUAGCUUAAGAAGAGUGUUUUCAACAAAACUUAGACGAAAUUGCUCUCUAAUGGCACGCCGGAGCUGAAGCUAGAUGCUGGAUUUGCCUUAGGAUGUGGCCAACUAGCCGUCAAAUGACAGGAAAGAGAUUCUUUUAGUAACAUCGCAUAUCACCAUGUUUUCUUAUUGUGGUUAUUCUUGUUCUUUUAUUUUUUGAAGUUUUCAAUUUCUUUUUGCUCUGUAGGUUACUGUGACAUAGUUUUGUUGUUUGUCAUUGAACGAAUUCAAGAUUAAAUACUAAUGCAACGUCAUUACAAAUUGUUUAGUGCACGUAAA